AUGACUUCACCAGGAAAGUUUAUUGGUUCUCCAACAAAGAGAAGAGAAAUGGAUGUCAUGAAACUCAUGAUGAGCGAUUAUAAGGUCCAAAUGGAAGGAGAUAGCACCAAUGAAUUCUAUGUAAAAUUCAAUGGACCAAAAGAAACGAAUUAUGAAGGCGGUGUAUGGAAAAUACGAGUAUUAAUUCCAGAAAAUUAUCCUUUCAAAUCUCCAUCCAUUGGAUUCGCUAACACCAUCUUUCAUCCAAACGUCGAUGAAGCGAGUGGAACUGUGUGUCUAGAUGUCAUUAACCAAACUUGGUCUCCAAUGUUUGAUCUCAUCAACAUUUUUGAUGUAUUUCUACCUCAAUUAUUGACCUAUCCAAAUCCGUCAGAUCCAUUGAAUUCUGAAGCAGCAGGAUUAAUGAUUCGAGAACCUGAGAGAUUUAAAAAGAAAGUGAGAGAUUACAUUGAAAGAUACGCCAAGGAAGAACAUGUGAAAUUUAAGGACGAACAAGAUGAAGAACAAGAAGAUGAUGCAUCGCUUUCCAGUGCUUCUGAUCAUGGAGAUGAAGAUGAUUUGGCAGAAUUUGAAUUGUAA